AUGGAGAAGAAGUUAAGGGUAAAGAAGAAAGUAUGGAUGGGGAAGAAGUUUGGGAUGGAGAAGAAGUUUGCGAUGGAGGAGAGGUUUGGAAUGGAGGAGAAGAACCGAAGUAUGGAGAAGAAAUUAAGCAAGAAGAAGUUUAGGAAGGAGACGAAGUUAAGGAAGAAGAAGUUUUGGAUGGAGAAGAAGUUAAGGAUAAAGAAGAAAGUAUGUAUGGGGAAGAAGUUUGGGAUGGAGAAGAAGUUUGGAAUGGAGAAGAAUCUACUAAUUAAGGAAGCAGAAGAAGUUAAGGAGGAUGGAGAAGAAGUUAGGGAAGGAGAAAAAGUUAAGAAUGAAGAACAAGUUAGGGAAGGAGAAGAAGUUAAGGAUGGAGAACAAGUUAGGGAAGGAGAAGAAGAAGUUAAGGAUGGAGAAGUAGUUUGGGAUGGGGAAGAAGUGAAGGAAGGAGAAGAAGUUAAGGAAGAAGAUGAAGAAGUUUUGGAUGGAGAAGAAGUUAAGGGUAAAGAAGAAAGUAUGUAUGGGGAAGAAGUUUGGGAUGGAGAAGAAGUUAAGGAUGGAGAAGAAGUUUGGGAUGGAGGAGAAGUUUGGAAUGGAGGAGAAGAACCGAAGUAG